CGCCCGGCGGCACCCCGAGCUGCAGCCCGUCGCCUGCGGCGGAGCCAGCGCCUCCGAGGGGCGCCGGCCGCGGCCGCAGCGAUGACCCUCCGCCGGCUCCGGAAGCCGCCGCCGAAGGAGGAGGCGGCCGCCGCCCCCGGCCCCGCCGCCCGGGCGCCCGCCCCCGGAGGGGCCCCGGCGCGGCCCCCGGCCUCGGGCGCCCCCGCAGCCGCCGCCGGCGCCGGGCCCGCGGGGGACGCGCUGUACGCGGCGCUGGAGGACGUCCACCCCGCCGAGCUGUACCGCGCGCUCGCCGUGUCGGGGGGCACCCUGCCCCGCCGGAAGGGUUCAGGAUUCCGCUGGAAGAAUCUCAGCCAGAGUCCUGAGCAGCAGCGGAAAGUGCUGACUCUGAAGAAGGAGGAAAACCAGACCUUCGGCUUUGAGAUCCAGACCUACGGCCUUCACCACCGGGAGGAGCAGCGAGUGGAGAUGGUGACUUUUGUCUGCCGGGUUCAUGAGGCGAGCCCUGCCCAGCUGGCUGGGCUCACGCCAGGGGACACCAUCGCCAGUGUCAACGGCCUGAACGUGGAAGGCAUCCGUCACCGAGAGAUCGUGGACAUCAUCAAGGCAUCCGGCAACAUUCUCAGGCUGGAAACUCUGUAUGGAACUUCCAUUCGGAAGGCGGAACUGGAGGCUCGCCUGCAGUACCUGAAGCAAACCCUGUAUGAGAAGUGGGGAGAAUACAGGUCCCUGAUGGUGCAGGAGCAGCGGCUGGUGCACGGCCUCGUGGUGAAGGACCCCAGCAUCUACGACACGUUGGAGUCGGUGCGCUCGUGCCUGUACGGGGCCGGCCUGCUCCCCGGCUCCCUGCCCUUCGGACCGCUGCUGGCCGCGCCCGGGGCCCCCCGCGGGGGCUCGCGGCCGGCUGGGGGCGACCCCGAGGACGCCGUCUACCACACGUGCUUCUUCGAGGGCGUCCCGCCGCCCCCGCCGCCGCCGCCGCCCCCCGCCCGCGCGCCGGGCCCGGGCCCCGGCCCCAUCGAGGCGCCGGCCCCGGGGCUGCGGGCCGGGCUGAGCCGCAGCGCCAGCGUGCGGUGCCCGGGCCCCGGCGGCGGCGGCGGCGGCGGCGCGCCCGGCGCGCUCUGGACUGAGGCCCGCGAGCAGGCGCUGUGCGGGCCCGGCCUGCGCAAGGCCAAGUACCGCAGCUUCCGCCGGCGGCUGCUCAAGUUCAUCCCCGGACUCAACCGCUCCCUGGAGGAGGAGGAGAGCCAGCUGUAGGGGGGGCGGGCGGGGUGGUAUUUAUUUAUUUAUUCGUUCCUGCCCGUGCGGAAAGCUAGGGGGCGCUGGCGAGGGAGAUGGGGGACCCCAGGAGCCCAGAGCAGCGGAAGAGGGUCCCUGCCAGCUCAGCGGGGCGCCUGGCUUGUUUGCCCAGCGGGGGACCCCGACCCAGAUGCCUUUCCUCCUUCUGCCCGCCCCCCUUCCCCCCCAGCCACCGUGGGAGCUGGCACAGGGAGAACCAGCCGGGCUCCAGGCUGGGAGAGGUUCGGGGGCCAUCCUCCAUCUGGUCACAGUGCCUUGUGGGGUGUCCCGGAAAGCUCCUCCUGAUGGGGGCCCAGCCCACGAAGCCUCCCCUCAGCUUUACUCGGCCCCUGGUCUUGGGGAGAAGAGGCUAUGGCCUGUGGCCCCCCCCCCUCUCCACACACACAGUUCCAGCUGAAGGGCCCCCUCACUCCGGCCUCAGCUGGAGGGCUCCGCAGUGCCCAGGGGCCUGUAACCAAGUUGGGGUCUCUGCCCCUUGGUGGGGGGUCAGAAGGAGCAUGUCCGGGUGGGGUGAGGGCAGGACUGGCGGUUCCACCGUGUUGCAUAUUGUUGCUUCUGAACCACAAACUGUAUAAAAUGUACGGUUUUU